AUGAAACCAACGCCGCCACUCGUUGUUGGUGGUGCCAGCGGAUCCAAUCAUGGUUUAACCGCUCCAUCCAUGCCACAGCAACAACAACAACGAGCACGAUUGACCAUUCGGAAGAAGUCAUCUUCAACAAUAACAACAACUAGUAGUAGUAGUGAUAUUAUUAUUCCUUCAUCACAACAACAACAACAAAAUUCUACAAUACACAACAACAAGCACAGCCAUAUGGACACCACUUCUUCUAUUACUACUUCUUCAACUACUCCUACUACUCCUACUACUACCACAAAUAAUAAUAAAUCGGAACCAUAUAAUUCCUUACCUUUAACAAAUUCUGAAGAAGAAUUUAACACACCCAUUUCACAACAAGAUUUAAAUCAAUCCAAAUCAUACAUUCAAUCCUUAUCAGAAUCUUCAAUUCAUAAAAUAUGUAGUGAACAAGUCAUCAUUUCACUCACAAGUGUUGUAAAAGAACUUAUUGAAAAUUCAUUGGAUGCUAAAUCUACAUUUAUUGAAAUUAAAUUUGUAAAUAUGGGAUUAGAAAGUAUUGAAGUCAUUGACAAUGGAAUUGGAAUUUCAAAAAAUAAUUUUAAAAAUCUCGUGAAAAAACAUCAUACCUCUAAAUUGUCCACUCUUCAUGAUUUAAAUCAAGGACAUGUAGAAACUUUUGGAUUUAGAGGUGAAGCUCUCUCAAGUAUUUGCUGUAUGAGUAAAUUAAGUAUUUGUACUAGACCUAUAUUAGAUCAAGAAGAAGAGAACGAUCAUGACAUUCCAUUAAUCAAUUCUCAACAAGUACAUGAACAUUUAGAUGAAAAUAAUCAUCACAAAACAACAUUUUCUCAUCACAAGACUAGACGCACCACUCCAUCGUUACAUGCAUACUAUUUACAAUUUGAUCAUUCUCAAAAUCUUGUACAACAAGAUCGAGUCCAUCGAUCUCAAUAUGGAACGACAGUGAAAGUGAGUGAAUUAUUUAAAAACUUUCCAGUGAGAUUUAAAGAACUUGAAAGAAAUAUUAAGAGAGAAUUCUCUAAAUGUAUGAACAUGAUUCAAAGUUAUGCAUUGGCAAGUGAAGGAAUUACUUUUCAUUGUGUGAAUAUGAUGACAUGCAAUUCGUCGUCGUCGUCGUCGUCGUUGUCAUAUUCAAAUACAUCUUUUUCAUCAACACUUCGACCUUCAUCAUCUAGCAUAUCUUCUUCUCAAAAACUUUUGAUUACUCAUGGUAAAUCUAUGAAAGAUAAUAUUGUGAAUAUAUUCACAUUGAAAGAAUUUAAAAAAUUAAUGGUCUUUCAUGUGGAGCAAUUACAACCACAUUAUAUUCAAGUGAAUGGAUACAUUUCGAAACAAGAUGCAUCGUGUGGAAGAAGUUCAUCGGAUCGACAAUUUUUAUAUAUUAACAAACGUCCCAUUGAUUUACCCAAACUCUCUCGUUGUAUCAAUGAUAUUUACAAACAAUUUAGUAGUAGAAAUCAAUAUCCCAUUUAUAUUCUAAAUAUUCAAAUUGAUCCAUCAACCUGUGAUAUUAAUGUCACUCCUGAUAAGAGAAGGAUGUAUUUACUCUCUGAACCUUAUAUCAUUCAAUUUGUGAAAUAUGAACUUGAGAAAUUAUAUUCAAAAUCGAAUGAAAUGAAAAUAUCCAUCUCUGAUUCUUCACAAUUAUCAUCACCAGUGAGUGGUUCGAGUAGUUUCAAUAGUCAACAACAAAUUCAACAACAACAACAACAAGAUGAUGAAAAUGUUGAGAAUGAAGAUGGUGUUGAUGAAAAUGAUGAAAAUGAUGAAAAUGAUGAUGAUAGUGAGAAUGAAAAAGGUGUUGAUAAUGAACAAAAAGAUGGUGUUGAUAGUGAGAAUGAACAAAAAGAUGGUGUUGAUAAUGAUCAAUGGAAUGGUUGUAGUAAUGGUAAUCCAUCAUCUUUGAAUAGUUUUGAAAAGAAUUCUAGGAAUCAUCACAAUGUAAAGAUUCACAAUGUCGACUCGAUGGAACAAUUGGUUGACACAUCGUCAAGGAUGACACAUCAUCAAGAAGGAAAGGAUUUAAAAAAGAAGAAUACAUCUUCCACCAAUAUUGCCAAUGCUCAACCAUUAUCCUCUCAUCCUAAAUCAAGUCUCUAUGAAUUACUAAAAGAUUAUUAUGAAGUGAAUAAUGAAAAGAAAGAAAUUGAGAAGGAUGAACUCAUUGAGAGUAGUAAUGAUGUCAUGAGUGAUGAUGAAAAUGAUGAAUCCAUUGAGAAUUUUAAUGAAUCAUCCACAAACAAUACUCUAUUGAGAUCGAAUAGUUUCAAUUAUAACAACAAACGAAUCUCUUAUAUUCCUACAUUCAAUCAUGAAUCAAAGAAAUCAUUACCUUCAAAGAAUUCCAAAGUUACAAGAAUAUCUUUUGAUUCUGGAGUGAAGAAUAUUCAUGAUGAUAAAUCAUUGUGUCGUGAUGUGUUUGAUGCAUCAACCAAUGUGAAUAUCAUCAUUCAAAAUGAGAGUGAAAUUAUUGAACGUUAUCAGAGAGUGUUAUUAAUGAAAAGAAGGAAAUUCUUACUUGAUGAGAAUAUACCAAGUCUCUUGAAUUCAAAGCCAUCGACGGCUACUUUUACUACAAUCAACACUUCCAAUGGUACUACUUCUACUUUGACUGCUUUGACUACAAUUAGUAGUACUUCUACUUUGACUAGUACUUCUACUUCAACUACUUCUACUUCAACUACUUCUACUACUUCAACAACUUCAACUAGUACACCGUAUACUACCCCAACUACUUCAACUACUACACCUUAUACUACCCCAACUACUACUUUUUCAAAUCAUCACCACCAUCACCAUCAAAACAUCUUUCAUUCCAUUCCUAACACUCAUCUCUCUACUCAACAACAAUCUGAAAAACAAUUAACCAAACUCAUCAAAAAAGAUGAUUUUUCUAAAAUGACUAUUAUUGGACAAUUUAAUAAGAGUUUUAUUAUUGCAUUAUUUGAGAAUGAAUUAAUUAUACUUGAUCAACAUGCAUGUGAUGAGAAAUUUAAUUAUGAAAGAUUUAAAUCUACUCUCAAGAUAUUCACUCAACCAUUAAUUGUACCACAGAAAUUAGAUUUAACAUUAUCACAACAAUUCAUUGUGAGAGAUCAUUUACAAGUAUUUGAAAAGAAUGGAUUUAAAAUUAGAAUUGAAGAAGGAGAUGCAGUAAUGAAUCAUUAUCAAGAAUCAUUAUUCCAUGACAUUUCAAUAAUGAAUGAAAAUAAUUCAUAUCCAAUCAUGGAUCAUAGCAAUAGUAAUAAUAAUAGUAGUAGUAGUAGUAGUAGUCAUCAUCAUUCAUAUCACAUGAUGGAUCAUAGCAAUAAUAAUAAUAGUAAUCAUUCAGAUCCAAUGACGAAUCAUCACCAUUCUAAAAUUGAACAUACAACAUUUUAUUUAACUUCACUUCCUUACUGUAAGAAUAUUACAUUUACAUUACAAGAUUUUGAAGAACUCAUUUCCAUACUUUCAGAAAACAUUUCCAUGCCACCAAGUAUUAAGAAUGAAUUGAAACCAUCGAAAGUGAAUCGAAUAUUAGCAUCUAAGGCAUGUCGAUCUUCAGUCAUGUUUGGACAAGUAUUGAACCGAAAUGAAAUGGAGAAAAUUGUUCGUCAGUUAGAUUCAUUAGAACAACCAUGGAAUUAUCCUCAUGGAAGAUCUACUCUGAGAAUAUGGACCAAUAUGAGUACAUUCUUGAGAGAGGAAUAA